AUGCAGAAAGGUCAACUUGAGUUUUCGGAGCUAGAAUGGUUUGCGGACAUUGGUCUAUUUGGUGACCAAGUCCCUGGUGAGGCAUUAGGUCCUGCUGAAGUUCCUCAGCUUCCAACAUCACAGAUAAGCAACACUGCUUCAUACAAAGCCACCAAAUUUAACAUGAUUGGGAACGGCCACAAGAAGCCUAGAAUUGAAAUCCCAAUUGAGGAUGAGGAGUAUUUCACUGUCCCUGAUCUAGGCUGA